GCCUGAGACCAGAAGCUUCUCCAGCUGAGCAGAGAGAUGGAGUCGAACUGGAGAUCAGUGACCCUGCUGCUGCUUCUCUGCUGCUCUUAUGCAGCUGGUGUCACCUAUGAUGCCUACACCUGCCGACACGGCUGUGGCAAUGACUACGCCAUGUGCUCUUGCUCAGAGCGCUGUCAAGAACGGGGCAACUGCUGUUUUGACUACUCCGAUUAUUGCCAUCCACCUCCCUCAACAACUACAACUACAACUACAACUACACCUACUACAACUACACCUCCACCUCCACCCUCAACAACUGAAGCUCAUAUCAUCAUUGAUUACACCUGCCGACACGGCUGCGGCCAUGACUUCCCCUUAUGCUCCUGCUCAGACCGCUGUCAAGAACGGGGAAACUGCUGUUUGGACUACCACGAUUACUGCCAUCCUCCCACAACAACUACAACUACAACUACAACUUCACCAAUACCAACUGGUGCCACCCAUGAUUACACCUGCCGACACGGCUGCGGCUAUGACUACGCCAUGUGCUCUUGCUCAGACGGCUGUCAAGAACGGGGAAACUGCUGUUUUGACUAUGACGAUUACUGCCAUCCUCCCACAACUGAAAUUCCAACUACAACUCGACCUGUUAAGAUCAUCAUUGAUUACACCUGCGCACACGGCUGCGGCCAUGAAAACGGCUUAUGCUCCUGCAAAGACGACUGUCAGAGAUGGGGACCCUGCUGUUUUGACUACUACGCUGGUAUCGUCCAUGAUUACACCUGCCGACACGGCUGCGGCUAUGACUACGGCUUAUGCUCCUGCUCAGACCACUGUCAAUACCGGGGAAACUGCUGCUAUGACUACUACGAUUACUGCCACCAUCCAACUACAACUACAACUACAACUCCACAUUCAACAACAGCAGGGGCAAUCAACAAUCUACGUUUGACUGGUAACAGUUCGUGUUCUGGGAGAGUGGAAGUGUAUGCCCGUGGCCGCUGGGGCACUGUGUGUGAUGAUAUGUGGGACCUAAACGAUGCCAAAGUGGUUUGCAGACAGCUGGGCUGUGGAGCAGCCAUAAGUGCACCACAACGUGCUCACUUUGGUCAAGGCAGCGGACAGAUUUGGCUUGAUGACGUUCGCUGCACUGGCAGGGAAUCAUCUCUGUCUCAGUGUCAACAUAUUGGUAUUGGUAACCACAACUGUGGCCAUCAUGAAGAUGCCUCAGUAAUCUGUCAAGAGUCUCAUCCGCCAUGUGGAGGGGUCCUCAAUGGAUCUGGAACCUUCUCCAGCCCCUACUACCCAAACUAUUACCAUGACAACGCCUACUGUGUGUGGAGGCUGUCUGCUCCCUCUGGCCAGAGGGUUCUGCUGACUUUUACAGACCUGGAGUUGGAUCGCUGCUGUUCCUGUGAUUACAUCACUGUCUACGACGGCCCGUCCACAAGCUCCAGACAGCUGGUGAAGCUCUGCCACAACUCCUCCCAGACUGCCUUCCACUCCUCCUCCAACCACCUGACUGUGGUCUUCAGAAGUGACAAAUCUGGAGUCAGUCGUGGCUUCCAGGCCGAGUUCAUCAGCUCUCUGUCCUCUGACAACGGUGAAAUUCAGUGUUCAGGCGACAACAUGAACAUUGUCAUCUCAAGAGCUUUCCUGCGCUCUAGGGGUUAUGACAAUGACUAUGACCUGUACGUCAACGAUGAGCACUGUAGACCUUCCAAAACCAGCAACCAAGUCAUCUUCAACUUCCCCCUCAACCGAUGUGGAACUGUCAGAAAGGUCAAAGGUGGUCAGGUGAUCUACCAUAACGCAGUGCGGGCGUAUCGAGCCAACGCUGGGGAGAUCACACGCCAAUCAACAUUCAUGCUGUCUGCCGUCUGCCACAUGGAUUCCGACUCUGUGUCACAGACAAAGUACAUCGCCCACGAGAAACCUAAUUUCACCAUCACUGGAACAGGGCGUUACAACACCACUAUGGCUUUCUACGCUUCGUCCAGCUUCCGCCAGCAAGUCCAUGACAGACCCUACUAUGUUAAACUCAAUGAGAAUGCGUAUGUGCAGGUGAGUCUGAGGAGACCUGAUAGCAGUCUGGUCGUCUUCCUGGAUACCUGCGUGGCCUCCCCAAAUCCAGACGACCAUGCCAAUCACCGCUCCUAUGACCUCGUUGUGAACGGGUGUCCCAGAGAUGGCACAUACCGUGACUACACAAAUGGCACCCAGCCUUAUGCAAGGUUCUCCUUCCAAGCCUUCAAGUUCCUGCGGACCCAAAAUACUGUGUACUUGCAGUGCAACGUCCUCAUCUGCCCUGCCAACGACGACAAGUCCCGCUGUCGCCAGGGCUGCCAGAGACGCAAGGCCCGAAGCCUGGCCUCCACCGGACACCACACUGACACUUUGGUCCUGGGACCCAUCAAGCUCAGAGAUCCUGAGAAGCCUGUGGCGAAGCAGCUGGAGGACUUGGUGGCAAAGACAGACGCCUGAAGAACCCACUGAUGAUGUCAUCAGCCCAAACUAAUCAAUCAUCUCUUCUCCUUCUCAACUUUCUACUUAUCAUAGCUGUCACAGAGAGACUGUGCUGAUGUUAGGAUUGUCGUUCUUCCUGUCUAUUUAUUUCAAAAUGAUUAUUAAAGCUUUCCAAA